UUUGCAUGCACACAAUCUAUUGGAUCCACACAGAUGCACGCAUGCCUUCACACCAGAGCACUUCAGCUCAGUAUCAUAUAACCAAGGAGGGAAGUCUUUGUUAUUUACCUGCAACUUUUCUGCAACUAUAGUCUCGUGGGACAGCCUGGUCUGACGGUGGACGUCGUGAAUGCAACUGGAUUUUUUCAGUCACCCGCUGAGCUCCUAACAGGUGUUUGGGGCACGCCGUUUGGUAGGAUAACAUGUCCAAUGGGAAAGACGCAAAUGCUGAGCGAAACUCCUCGCAGAUAACACUGAAGGAAAGCCUGGAUGAGUGUAUGGAGGCUUUGGAUCUCUUCCUUAACAACCACUUCAGUGAGAGUCUGGAGAGGCUGCGGCCAAGAGUGAAUGAGAGUAUGUACCAUGCUCUUAUCUACGCCACUAUCAUGGAAAUGCAGGCUAUGAUGACUUUCCAGCAUGAUGACAUCAGCAAUGCAGGAAAUACCAUGAAGAGUGCCCAGGAAGUCUGCCAGAGAUUUCGGCGGAAAUCCCCAGGUUUGGCAAACAAGUCAGCAGGGGACUCACUUACUGAAGAGCAGCUUCAUGCAGAAGUGUGUUAUGCAGAGUGCCAACUCCAAAGAGCUGCCCUCACCUUCUUACAGGAUGAGAACAUGGUGAGUUUCAUCAAAGGAGGGAUUAAAGUACGAAACAGCUACCUUAUUUACAAAGAGCUGCAUUCCUUCAUAAAGUCUCGAAGCUUUCUCAAAGGACCCAGCCACCUUCACUUAGAGGGAGGAAUAGCAUUUGGAAUAGGGGCGUUUAAUCUGACACUUUCUCUAUUCCCCCCACGAAUACUCAAACUUUUGGAGUUUGCAGGCUUCUCUGGAGACAAGGAAUAUGGUCUGUCCCUGCUUCGUGAUGGUGCAACAGGGAUGAAUCUGCGCUCCAUGCUGUGUGCUCUCUUACUGCUCUGCUACUACACCUUUCUCACUUUCAUACUAGGUACUGGUGAGGGAGAAGUGGCUGAAGCUGAAAGCCUACUGAAACCUUUCCUACUUCGCUAUCCAAGGGGGGCAAUCUUCCUCUUCUUUGCAGGCAGGACUGAAGAGAUAAAGGGAAACAUUGAUGAGGCUGUGGCUCUCUUUGAAGAUGGCUGCAAGGCACAGCAGGCAUGGAAGCAGUUCCACCACAUGUGCUACUGGGAGCUGAUGUGGUGUUUCACGUACAAGCGAGCAUGGAAGAUGGCGUACUUUUACGCAGACCUGCUGAGCCAGGAGAGCCGCUGGUCCAAGGCAAUGUAUGUCUACAUGAAAGCUGCUUACCUCAGCAUGCUGCCAAAAGAUGAAGCGAGGCCGUUUGGAGAAGAUGAGGUAGAGCUCUUUAGAAAAGUUCCCACCUUCAAGCAGAAAAUAGCCGGGAAGUCUCCCCCUACUGAGAAGUUUGCUAUCCGCAAAGCUAGACGCUACAAGGCUUCUGGCCCAGUCAGGCUCUCUGUGCCAGUUUUGGAGAUGAUGUACAUGUGGAAUGGUUUCAGUAUGAUCAGGAAGCGACCAGAGCUGACUGAAGGCAUGAUGCAGACGUUGAUUCAAGCAGAGCGAACGCUGCAGGAGUCCCCUGGAAAUGAAUAUUCAGUGGAUGAUCGCUGUGUGAUCUACCUGCUCAAGGGUCUGUGUUUGAAGAACCAGGGUCAGCCACAUGAAGCUGAGGAAUGCUUCAACACAGUGUGUGCCAGUGAAAAGAAGAUCAGGUUUGACCACUACUUGGUGCCCAACACUCUGGUGGAGCUCAGCUUACUCUACAUAGAUCAAGGCAGACGGGACGAGGCCAUUAAACUGCUGCACAAGGCCAAAAACAACUACAAGGAAUACUCAAUGGAGUCUCGUACACAGUUCAGGGUGCACGCUGCUCUGGCCAAACUCAAGGCUGAGCACAGUGAGGAAGACGACGCUCACAUGUAGAAAGACCCUUCUUCGUGGAUGUCUAAGCUUGACACACUGGACUCUGUUUCUCUCACAGAUAUGCUUGUUUUAACUUGGUACAGUUUUUAACCUUCAAGCAUCACUUCAUCUUCACACUGGAUAUCUUAGCAAUGUGUUCAGGUCAAGCAUUUCAGGUACUACAUUGUGUUGUAAAAAUAAAUCAUGUAUAAAGUCCUACAAUAUUUUUAGAGACCUACCCUAGGAAGACUGGUUCCUACAUGCAUAAAAAUAGUGCUGGGGGGGAAAUUUCAGGGCAGUGUACAGCUUUAUUCUAAGGACAAUGUUAUUUUUGAAAUAUAAAUUAAAUACACUAAAUUUUAAUUAAUGUUGAUUAAAUCUAUUAUAUAUAUAUCAAAUUAAUUUUAUGACCCAAUGGAAUGUAUGAUUUUACUUUACUGUAUUAGAAAAGCUAUAUAUUAAAUGAUAUGCAUAAUGUACUUUCUUUGUGGAUGUUUUAAUGUGUAAAGAUGCUUCUAUAAUUAAAAACAUCAACAAAAACAUAAAAAUAUAAAACCGUUUCAAAUCCUGCAUUAGUUAGUCUGCAGCCAGUGUCCCGUGCACCGGGCCAUGCAUUUGCCUCGCUCCAUGUGGAUGCAGUGGGAAUGCAGACAAGCCUUGCAGGCCACAGCUAAAGCAUGUUGAUGAGGUGAAACAACUGUUAACUACUGAUCUAAACUCAGUUCUUUGUAUUAGUCAAAACUGAGUGUUUAUGCACCUCCUAGUCAGUUCUAGCACUUUCCAAAUACUUCAAUUAUAUUUGCACAAAUAAAAUUGUACUUAUGAUCGUC